AUGUCACUUAGUAUUAAUAAAGCAAACAUAGUUAAAGUCCCAUUUCCACCAUCAAUUAGCGUAGAUGAAAUCGUACAAAUUCAUUUAAAACAUGGCAUUAAGAACGUUAACAAAACUAUGAAUGCAUUUAUGAUUUAUCGAAAAGAAUAUAAUCGUGUAGUUGCAAAAUUUAAUCUUUCAAGUAAAGAUGUAUCUAAAUUUGUCAGUAUUUCAUGGAAAAAUGAGCCAAAAAAUGUCAAAUACCAUUACCAACGGAUGGCAAAAAAUGUAAAAAAAUGUUUCAAAAAAAAAGUUCCUCCUCUUUUUUUCGUCAAUAGUAAUCAAGUAGAUAGUACAAAUAAUCACGUCUCUUUAGUCCCUUUAAUCCCUUUAGAUACCGUUAAUCCUUCACUUAAUACGAAUCAAAAAUUUCUAAAUGAUCCUCCACAAAACUUUCUAAUUUCCACCUAUUCUAAUAUUCCACCUUCAAACGUGGAACAUCUACUGCUUAAUAUAGAACAAACCUCUCUAGAUUCCAUCGAUUUUAAUCUUCCACCUUCAAAUAUGGACCAAAAUGUUGACCAUCCGCUUCUUGACAUAGAACAAAACUCUCAACUAAUCGACAAUUUCAAAAAUGAUUUUAAUGAAUAUCUGAUUAUGGAUGAGAACGAAUUUAUGAACCAUCUUUCUGAGGAUAUGACAUUAACUUAUAAGGCAAUUAUUCAAUCGUUACCCGUGUGA